UAUAACGUCAACACCAUCAUCAUGGUAAACCAUAUACUAAUAUAUAUGUGGUAAACACGGAUAUUAUAUGCAUAAAUGCACUGAACCAUCAUGUAUUUAUGUGCAUGGCGUAUAUGAGCGGGGGGCGUGUCCUCAUUAGAGAUUAGACAUUCCUCAAAUAGUCAAAACUGUCAACGUUCAAUAGUGCAGUGGUCGUUGCAAUUCAUAAUUUGCUAUUUUUAUUACAAUUGGUUUAUUUCACACCAUACUCCCUUAAAAUAUUAUUCUCCGAUUUAAGAAUAAAUCAUAGCCAUUAGCUCGCUUAUAUCAGUUUUCUCUACAACUGCAGCUGAGAAAAGUUCCAUGCUAUGCUAGUUUACCUAUCUAUUGUUAAUACUAUAGAAGUUUAGAAUGGCAUGUUACAUACCUCCGACUACGAAGUAUUUCAAUCAAGAUGAACAUAAAGAAUUGAUUGAAAACAUUUUGGAAGGCCAUGGUGAUUUGAGCAGAUAUAUCUCCUAUGAGGAGGAGAAUGAGACAUAUCGCUUUAACGAACAAGACGAAGAUGAGUGGAGUGAAAUGGAAGCUCUCGAAGAAAGAGCAGUUAUUAAUUUUUUUGAAAAAUUUAAUGAUAAAUAUGAAGAUACAGCAGUUAAUUUUCAGUAUUGCUGUUUGAGGCAAGCAAUAGAAUACUCUUGCUUCGCACCAGAAGAUGAGCGCAAAGCACUAAUAUUAUAUUUACACAAGGAUGACGAUAAAUUUUCUCAAAUGGUUUGUGAAGAAUUUGCAGGCAAUAGUGAUCUCCAUAGCAUUUUGGAAGUAGCCUUUUCAGUUUUGCCUUGGGAUCUUGAGGUUAAGACUGAUACACAGGGUGCCUUGCAAAAAGCUGUAGAAAAAUGGCCUGAAUUAGAUGUAAUUAAAGAAUAUAUUUGUACAGAACAGUCCGCACUGUUCAUUCUCCUUUCAAACAAUGAUACUGUUGGUAUUUUCUCUAAGUUUGGAGGGGAUCAAACGGCCAACGACUUAUGUACGAUGAUAGAAUGUGUAGGAAGAAUUAUAUGUCCAUGUGAUGGUAUGUCGAUGGAUACUGAUAGUGAUGAUUUCAAUGGACGCAUAGGGGCACAAGAAUAUCAGCAAGAUAUGUGUAAUAAAUUAGGCAACCGGGACUAUGACUCCUACAAAGCUGAUGAAUCUGACCAGUUGAAAGAGAAAAUUGGUUAUUCAAAGUUUGGUCCCCCCACUGAAAUCAGUGGUUACAGUGAAAAACAAAAGCAGAGUAUAGAGGACACAUUCCAAGCCAUCAAGACACAAAGCGAAAGAUAUUCAGAAUAUAAGGACUGUGUGACAAUGGCUAUUGUAUUCAAUUGCGUAAAACCGCUUCCCAAUGAAGUCAAGAAGCGCAAGAAAAAAUAUGAUGAUUAUGACGAAUAUACAGAUAUAAUGCCAAUUGCUGUGUACGUUAUUCGUAAAUGUUUCGAUAGUCCCAACCCAUGCAGAAUCAUAAUUGAUCACGAUAAUCGUGUUUACCAAUCGUGGUCCAAGUACCUGGAAUUAAAUAAGUUGCACAAGUGUAUAAUGGUAUUUCCUACAAACGGUCGGUAUUAUAACAUUGAUGGGAAAGUAUCUUUACAAACGCAAGAAUCUCCGGCUUGUGGAAUUGAUCAAGCCAUUUUACAAGGAACAGAUAUCGCUGCUACGACCGUAGGCAUGGGCACGGCAGUAUUUCUCGGAGUGGCUGCAAUUCCUGCAAUUACAAUUGCACCAUUAGCAAUAGUGGCAGCCUCUGUAACUGGUGCCGGUGUUGGUAUAUACUCAAUGGUGCGGAGUAGUAUGACCAUACACGAUAGGCGAAAGCAUUGUCAAAGUAUGAGCUUUGCUAAUUCGGAGUGCAGAGGAGCCUAUUUAAACAUAGUUGCAGGUUCUUUCGGGUUUGUAGGAAUGGGAGCUACAACAGUAGUUUCACAACUGGCUGCAAGAGGUGUUAAUAUAAGCUCGAACAUCAAAAUUGGAUUAAAUACCAUUAAUGCUUUGAAUGUAGGAAACAGUGCAGUUGCCGUUGCAAACUCUGGUUAUGAAAUUGUCCAUAACUGGAAGGAAGAUAAAAAUGUGUCCGCACUGUCCAUUUUGCAAUUAUCAGCCUCCGUCUUAUUUUUCCACAACGCUGUCGUAAAUUUCAAAACGGCUAGCGUUAUUAUUGAAGAUGCUCAAACAAGUAGUCUAAAUAAUUAUAAGGAAUCUUUACGAAGUAACCGUCACAGAAAAUCUUUCAAUAAACUUUUAAAGGAGACAAUUCGACAAACUGGAAAUGCAGAGAAAGGAAGAGCUGAAGUAAUUUCAUCUUUAUCAAAAAUUUCUUCCAAAGAUGAAACAUUUGCCUUUUUAACACAAAAUAAUAAAAGGUUUAAUAAGUAUGGUAUUAAAUUUGCAGCUAAUAAUGGGAGGAUUACUUUAAAUGGAAUGUCAAUUGAUAUAUCAAAUUUGGAACAAUUAUCUGACAUAAAGUCAUUCUUUUCCGAUUUACCACCAAUUCCCAAACAAACAGUGGCACAAGUGAAAAGCGCUACUUUUCAAAUUGGCGAAACAUUUAAAUCAAUAUUUACGUUAGACAAUAUAACCUUGGGUAUUCGAUGUUGCCGCUUAUACAUGGAUGGCAAAUCUACUGCAGAAAUAUUUACAACCCUUCUACAGCAUUUUCAACCAGUGAUUCAAAAAAAAAUAUUGCAUGUGACAGUGGCAUUCUUUAAAGCUGUUCCGAAUGUUAACUGGAUACAAAUAUGCCAUGAUAAGUUUUCUAUGAUACAUACAAAUCCAUUGUUUAUAGCAGUUCAUCUUGUCAUUCGGUUUGUGAGUUUACUACUAAAAGAAUAUAAAUCGGCCUUUUGCAAAAGAUACGGGCCGUCGAAAUAUGACAAGAGUGAAAAAACUGUCUACUGGCUAAACCAAAUUAUGAAUACUUUUGUUCAUGGACCUAAUGUCAGCAUACACCUGUUGCGCAAGUUUAUUAGCUGGGUAUUUUCAUUUGUUUACAAUGAUCUACAAAACAAGAAGGAAUCCAAAAAACAAGUUAAAAGUGAAACACAAAAGAAAGAAUGUAAAGUAUGUAACGGUUUCUACUAUGAAAGUUGAGCAUAGUGAAACGGCAAUGGUAGUAAAAAGAAAAUAUCACAGUAUUUGUGCCUUGUGAUUUGCUUGCUAUUGUAUUUUUAGAGCAUAUUUGUACAGCUAUAUUAAAGAAUUUUUUUAAAA